AUGUUCAGCUGCGCUGAACGUGCCGAAUAUCGAUUCGGAUCUAUUCUGAAUACUAAGAUACUAACUAUUGCAGAAGCAUUAAUAGAUGACAUCAACUUGGAUAUUAAAAUUGCGCUUGAAGCCCUUUCAAAAGAGUCAUAUAUAAAGGCACAAGAUACAUUAUAG